GUCACAUUAAAACCAGGUUUGACUGAAGUCCGCACCCUGUCGCACAGUUUCACUUUCUAAAUUACUCGGUACUUUUUCAAGCUCGCUUGGCUCUGUUUCAGAACCAUGACCAGUAAACUAGAUAUUCCUCUUAAUGGGACUGCGCUCAACAUUGUGAGACGAUGUGGCCCUCCUCUGAGCGAUGUACUCCAAAGCAAGUUUGGAUGCGUGGCCACCAUCGACGGUGUGGAUUUUGAUAGAGAUCUGCACGCUGUCCAGCAGAAGAGACCAACUUUCGUCAAAGAGAGAAGGUUUACUACUUCCCUGCCUUGUGGCGUUCAGGUGUCUGUGUGGAAGGCUGAUCUCGCCGAUUUUAAGGUAGAUGCCGUUGUGAAUGCUGCUAAUGAACGUCUUCAGCAUGAUGGUGGCCUCGCCCAAGCUUUGUCCAAUGCCGGUGGUCCACAAAUACAGAAACAGAGUGAUGAUUACAUUGCAAAGAACGGUCCAUUGAAGACAGGUAAUGCAAUUGUCCUUGAUCCUGGGUCCUUGUCAUGCAAGAAGAUUAUUCAUGCUGUGGGCCCAUACCUAUCAGUAAAUCCCUUUCAGUCUGAAUUUGUUCGGGCUGAGCAGCUGUUGGAGAACGUCAUCAGGAGCAUUCUAGACGAAGUUGAGAAAAGCAACCUGCAGUCUGUUGCCAUUCCUGCCAUAAGCUCUGGUAUUUUCAACUACCCCCUGGCACCGUGCGCCAACACCAUAGUGGUGACUGUGAAACGCUACUAUGAUAGAAGACGCUCUCCAGGACAUCUCCCCAAAGAGAUCCUCUUUGUGAACAACGACGAUCCCACAGUCAGAGCAAUGGAGACUGCCUGCCUUCGGAUAUUAGGCAACAGCAAAAGCGGCGGAGAUGCCAAAACCUCAGCAGCUUCUGUCCAGCUUGGAAAUGUCUGCCUGACACUGAUGAAGGGUAACAUUGAGGAACAGCUGACGGAUGUCAUUGUUAACACCACAUCUUGGGAUCGAGACUUGAGCGUUGGUCAAAUCUCCAAAGCAUUAUUGGACAGAGCUGGUCAAGGAAUGCAACAUGAAAUUAGAAAGGCUACUCCGAAGGAACGUGUCAUCGUCACAAAAGCCUACAAUCUGCAAUGCAAAGAGGUGUUUCAUACCUUUUGCCCUGAAAAGGGAAGAGACUCAGCACGUGAGAGAGCACACAUUGUUCUUUUCAAAUCAGUAUUGGAUUGCUUGUGGAUCGCAGUUGCAAAUAAGCACAAGUCAAUUGCUUUCCCCGCCAUCGGCACCGGACACCUCGGGUUCAGUAAAAAGGUCUGCCGAAUCAUGUCGCAGGCAGUGUCCAACUUCGCCCAAAAGGCCGCAGCGAAGAUGGACGUUUACUUCGUCAUAUUUCCUUCGGACGACAACACAUUUAAGGCUUUUAAAGAACAAAUGGAACAUCUCAGGAAAAGCGCAUCCCAUCCCAGCUUUCAACAAGCAGUGGACUUGAUGAGAGAUGACCUCCAUGGCAGCAGAGCUCCCACUCCACAGAUCAGCCUGCACGGCCCCUCUGAGGAAGCAACACGCGAGGCUGACCGGUGGCUGAGCAGCCUUCUCUUCAGAUCUCCCGGACUUGUCUUUAUCUGCAACAACUUCAUCCAGCACUUCGGCGAGCAGGAACAUCUGCAGCUGUCCCGUCUGGUCCAAGGGGGCCUUUCCAUCGAGGAGUUCUUCGAGAACGGUCGCGCAGGCUUGCUUGUGAGAGGGGAGUCUAUUGAGGACGUCGUAGUUGCUGGGUUGCAGGCGGAGGCCAUACUCUGCAGCAUCCAGAGGGAGUUUGUCUUGGAGGAAGAGUACACCAUGCUUCAGGCCACGUUGUCUAAGGAUCUGUCCUAUGAAAGAAAGAUGGUUGAAUUCACAAGCCCAGAAAUCAAGGAUAUAUUCUCUCGCUUCAAAAAAGAGAGGCUGAGGAUAUUGAAGGUGGACAGAGUGGAAAACCCUGCACUGCAGACGCUUUUUGACCUCAAGAAAAAACAGCUACGCUGCAACAUUCCUCCACAAGAAAUGAUUCAGCGCAUACCUGCACACUUCUGUGAGAUGGUCAGCCGUAUUGGAUUCCAUGCAGAGUACGCGCCACCUGAUGACACAGCAUAUGGAGAGGGCAUCUACUUUGCUGCCAAAUUGGGGACUGCCUUGGAAUUGUGGAAGGUGCAGAAGGAUGAACAAGACGAGUAUCUGUACUUCGUGACGGCCGCGGUGCUGACAGGAAACUCCACCCGUGGUAGAGCAGGUCUCAUUCUGCCACCUGCUGUGGGGGCGGAUCCACACAUCAUGUACGACAGCGUGAGCGGACCUGAUAUCUCGGUCAUAUUUAGUGGAUACCAAGCUCUGCCCAGGUACAUAAUCACCUGUAAGAAGGACUGAAGAGUGAUUCCUUCGGUUUCCUCUAGGUUCUGUUGUAUGGAAUAUUUACAAAUGUAAGAAUAGCAACAGGAAGUUAGAUUCUUCUAAAUCACGCUGAAGGGCUUUAUUAAUAUAGUUUUUUGGCUGUUUGCGCUAAUUCUUGAAAUCCUAUAGGUAAUGGAGACCAUAACUUAAAUAAAAGCUUAAAUUUAGCUUAAGAAACACAUGUCAUUAGCUUUGAGUUUCUUAUUUUUUCCUUACAAGUUUGUUUUGGGGGGUGAUUAACAUAUUUUACAUAGCAGCAUAAUCAUUUCUAUAUCAAAGAUUCUACUUUAAAAAUGCCCCUAUGGCAUCAAUAUCCUACUUUCAACACUGGCUGAGGCAAUUGUUUAGAGGCACCACAUGAUAUAUGCAAAUAACAUUAGAGCAACAAAUUGUACCAGUGAUUGUUAACUGACAUAUAACUGAUUUUUUUUAGUUUAGAGUAAGUUUAUAAACCCUUCAUAUAACAGGGGAAAGCUUUGGCUACAAUGAUUGUAUGGUAUUUUUGGAGCACCUGGGGGCAGCAGGUUAAGAGUGUCUGAUUCAUAUUAAACA